UCUCUCUCUCUCUCUAUUUCUCCUUUUUUUUUUUUUUUUUUUUUUUUUUUUUUUUCUUUUUGAAGUUACAUUCUGUGUGUAACCAACGCGGAGAUGAAUAAGAAAAGCCUACCGAACGGGGAAGAAAUAGUAGUACACAGUUGCUUGCACGAUCUCCAAAGCGAAUCCAAACCGACUUUUUUGUUCUUCAUUAAACAAUUAAUGGAAUUCCCAAGACACGCUCGACUCUAAAAGACUGGACCCCUUUUUUAAUUCUUUCUUCCCAUUGCUUCCAUUUUCAGCGCCGUAUUCAAUUCAUUCAUUCGUUUCUUCCUCUUGGGUUUCCUUUUUCUUUGCUUCCUGGUGAUUUCAAGACAAGGGUUUUCGUUUUUCUUGCCCAAUAACGAGAACCCAUAUCAUUCGAUUCUAAGUUGUGCCUCUCUGACGCGGUUUUUUUAUUCGGUGCUGUCUCAAAUUCUGAUGGCUGAGAAGGGUGAUGUGCCGAUGACUCUCGAAAUGAUUGGUACUCCAGGUACUCAUCCAAGAAGAAGCUCUAUGGGAUGCACAAGUUAUUCAAAUAGUGUAGAAAAGCUUGUGCCUAAUUAUCUAAGAGCAUCUACCGGUUCCUGUCAUGAUUUUUGCAAAUAUGGAAGAAAUCACGGUUUUGAAACUAAGUCGAGACUACCAGUGCGCAAAAAUUUGGGGAGAAAAUCACUUGAUGGUGGAAUUUCUGUCGAUAGUAUUGUACUUCCUGAGAGAAAGAACCCAACUUCGACUUGGGCCAGUGCUGAUUUUUCAUCAACCUCCAGAUUAUCUGAAACCAAGUCAAGACUACCGCUGCCCAAAAAUGUGGCAAGAAAAUCACUUGAUGGUGGAAGAUCGGUAGAUAGUGUGAUACUUCCUGAGAGAAAGAAAACAACUUCGACUUGGUCAUCGGCUUCCAGGUUAUCUGAAACCAAGUCAAGGCAAUCAAUGACCAAAAAUGGGGCAAGAAAAUCACUCGAGGGUGGAAGUUCAGUAGAUUGUGUGGUAUUUUCUGAGAGAAAGAACAUAACUUCAACAACACGGGCCAAAUCUGAGCUUUCAUCCACUUCCAGAUUAUAUGAAGCUGAUUCGACUACUUUCUCGAAACCUAAAUUGCCAGUAGAAUCUCCUAUCUUCCCGACUCCAGUGCAGAGAGAAGUUCCAAAUGAAAGGAAGAAGAAAUUGCUGUCUAGUCCGAAGCAGAGAGAAGUUGUCAAUGAGAGGAAGAAGAAAUUGUUGGAUGAGCUGAGAACUUUGCCUACAUCAACGUCAAGUACGAAAAAUUCGCUAAAGAACUUGAAGCCUGAAGCAUUGGCAGCUACUAGAAGGCAAGAAGAUUCUGUGGUUCAAGUUUUUGCAAAAGCCAAAGGUAGAGAGUUACCUGAAAAGUCUGAUAAAAUUUUGAAACCAAGGUCUAUCAAGGUAAAGCCAUUGAGAUCUGCAGGGUCUCUGGACAACUCGAGAAAGAAAAAUCAUUCGAACAUGCGCAAAUGGUUGGAGACAUCAAAAGAAGCUGCAAAGAAAGUGGUGGCAGUGUCAACGGGUUCAUAUUCCUCGAACUCUAUCACUGGAGCUGCAAACUUAACUGCAAGAAAGCAUGUCGGUAACUUGAAAGGUGUACCACUUAAAAAUCGUAACAUGAUCAAAAUAUCUGAACAUGGACAAGUCCGAAGCGUAGAGGUCCAAGAGAAGACCUUCCAGAGUGAAGAGGUCCAAGAGAAAACUUUCCAGAGUGAAGAGGUCCAAGAGAAAACCUUGUAUGUCAUUAAGAUAGAAAAUGAGGAAAUACUCCAGCAACCUGAUCAAGAUGAAACUAAUGAUAACAUGGAAGCAGCGCCAUCAUUGUCAUCUGAAUCGAUUUCACCACCAACAUCCCCAGCUCUUUUGGCAAAUGUAGAAGAUCAAGAUGUAUCUGAGUACACAGAAAGUGAAGCAGAGAAUGACUUUUACUAUGAAGGAGAUGAAAUUGGCAGCAGUGAAGCAGAAGAUAAUGCUUCAAGUGAAGGUGGUGAAAAUGGCAGAUCUCAAAAUCAUGGGAUGUUGCCAUCCAAAGAAAAGGAUCCUCGAUCUACAAAAGUAAGUUUCAGGAGGGGAAGAAUUAUUGACAUCCGUUCUGAGACUAAUAGUCCGAGAAGGCUUAAAUUUAGGCGUGGAAGGUUGUUGGCAGAGAAUCAAAAGGCUGGAGAUGGCCUUAGGAAGAACUUCAAGAGAGGAAAAGAAGUUGACUGUGAAACCAAUACCACAGCUCAAGAAACUGUUGUCUUGAGGCACCAAGAUGUGCAAGGGAAAAAAGAUGCGCAGGGCUUGUUUAACAAUGUUAUUGAAGAAACCGCAAGUAAACUCGUGGAAACUCGAAAGAGCAAGGUUAAGGCCUUGGUUGGUGCAUUUGAAACUGUGAUCUCCCUGCAAGAUGGAAAACCUUCUCUCGAGUCUUGACACUGUCAGUUAUGACUGAGAGUUUGAGCUUGACUUAAGUAUCUAACUGAUCUGCAUAGAGUGGUAGGAAAUAAAGCUCAGGUUGAAAAAGACUAAAUGAACUUGGCAAGCUGAGACUGCAGUAGCCAUAGAAAUAGAUUGCUGUUUUUAUUGAUAGGAAGGUUUCUGUACACAGUUAGAUAGUGUUUGGGUUUUUUUUUAUCUUUUUUCUGGGUAAUCGUCUGCUCCUUAAUAACCACUGGUUUAUACUGAAUUGCAUUAUUGAUUUGUGAGUUGCACAUAAAAUAAGGGUAGGCUCAUGACUUCAUGUGUUUUUGAUUGACAGUUAUCUGCCAACUUUGGAUCUUUUAAUUGUAAGUCGUGACUUUCUUUGGUUGUGAAGGAUUUAUACUUCAUUAAA